AUGUCGCCUGCAGCUGUUGAGAGUACCAUCAAUUUCGAAGGCCACCCUUCGAUCAAGUCGACCCCAGACCCUUUGGUCAAGAAGUUGAACCUCAUCCCCGAGACCAUUAUCCGCCACAAUGCGCCUCCUCCAACUCUUUACGAGGAUGGUUUGUUGGAGAAGGGCACCACCAUCUCGUCCACCGGUGCGUUGAUGGCCUACUCUGGUAAAAAGACUGGUAGAUCGCCCAAGGACAAGAGGAUUGUGGACGAAGAGACGUCGUCGCAGAAUAUCUGGUGGGGACCCGUUAACAAGCAAGUUGACGAGUUGACGUGGAAAAUCUCGAGAUCGAGAGCUUUGGACUACUUGAGAACCAGGGAAAAGUUGUUUGUUGUUGACGCUUUUGCCGGCGCUGAUCCCCGUUAUAGAAUCAAGGUGAGAGUCAUUUGCGCUCGUGCCUACCACGCCUUGUUCAUGACCAACAUGUUGAUCAAGCCCACCGAUGAAGAAUUGGCCAAUUUCGGUGAGCCCGACUUUACCAUUUACAAUGCCGGCCAGUUCCCAGCCAAUGUCCACACCAAAGGUAUGACCUCGUCUACCUCGGUGGAAAUCAACUUUAAAGAUAUGGAGAUGGUGAUUUUGGGAACGGAAUAUGCCGGUGAAAUGAAAAAGGGUAUCUUUACCGUUAUGUUUUACUUGAUGCCCAUCAAGCACCAAGUGUUGACUUUGCAUUCCUCGGCCAACCAAGGUGUUGAAAAGGGAGACGUUACCUUGUUUUUCGGUUUGUCCGGUACCGGUAAAACCACUUUGUCUGCUGACCCAAACAGAAAGUUGAUUGGUGACGACGAGCACUGUUGGUCCGACCACGGUGUCUUCAACAUUGAAGGUGGUUGUUACGCCAAGUGUCUCGACCUUUCUGCUCAAAGCGAACCCGAGAUUUUCAACUCGAUUCGUUUUGGUGCCAUUUUAGAAAAUGUUGUUUACAAUCCAGAAACCAAGGUUGUCGACUACGAAGACUCGAGCAUCACCGAAAACACUCGUUGUGCUUACCCCAUCAGCUUUAUCCCUUCGGCCAAGAUUCCAUCCUUGGCUGACAGCCACCCAAAGAAUAUCAUUCUUCUUACAUGCGACGCUUCAGGUGUUCUUCCACCAGUGUCGAAGUUGACCAAUGACCAGGUUAUGUACCACUUUAUCUCGGGUUACACCUCCAAGAUGGCUGGUACCGAGAUGGGCAUCACCGAGCCUACUCCAGCCUUCAGUGCAUGUUUUGGCCAACCAUUCUUGGUGUUGCACCCAAUGAAGUAUGCUCAGCAAUUGUCGGACAAGAUUGACCAGCACAAGGCCAAUGCCUGGUUGUUGAACACGGGUUGGGUUGGCCAAUCGGCUGCUAAAGGAGGCAAGAGAUGCCCAUUGAAGUACACCAGAGCCAUUUUGGACGCUAUCCACUCGGGCGAAUUGGCCAAGCAGGAGUACGAGACCUUUGGCACUUUCAACUUGAAGGUUCCAAAAGCCUGUCCCGGUGUUCCAAGCGAGGUCUUGAACCCUACAGUUGCCAAAGACGAUCUUUCAGCCCUUGCUGCCAAGUUCAACGAGAACUUUGCCAAGUAUGCUGAUCAAGCUACAGAAGAAGUGAAAGCUGCUGGUCCAACUAUUUAG